GCCGGACUGCGGCCGCCCUGCGGCCGCCUGACUCCGGCCCUCCGCGCCCCUCUUCCCCACCCUCCCCACCCCUUUCUCCCCGCUCUCUCCGUUCCGAUCGCCUGCCCUCCGCACACCCUUCCCGCUGUCGGCGUCCGGAUCCUCGGACCCUCAUCUUUGAACCUCUGCACCCCUCAUCUCCCCGCCCCUGGCUCUUCCCCACCGCGGUACUCGGUGCCCGGGUCUUCGGCGGUUCGCACUGCCCCCUCCCCCACGCCGCGGCUCUCAACCCUUUGUCCCGGGUGUACCUUCCUUCUUGCCCCGCACCACCCUUGCCUCCGCCUCCCCCCUGCUCCCGGCGCCCGGGUCCUCCGCGCCCACGUCCACCCCCACCCCCACCCCCACCCCCGCCCAGCCUCUCCGUGCUCUGGGUCUCGGCGGGUGCUCGGGCACCCGCGCGGGGUUGGGUGACCCCGCGGCCGCCAGGCUCUGGCUCCGCCCGCGCCGCCACCUCGCGCAGGUCGCGUCUCCGCUCUGGGCCUGGCCGGGCGUCUGGCUGGGCUCCUUCCGCUGUCACAGUGGGUGCGGUUCUGGAAGCCCCCGAAGGCGCAGCCGGCCUCGGGUCUUAGGUCUAAGCGAGGUACCGAGAGGCAGUGGGGUGCGGAGCGGGGACGAAGGGGCCGGGCUGCGCGGCCUAGGGGGCGCGCCGUGCAGAGCCGGACUGCGCAUAGCCUGCCCACACUUAGUCUGCACGCAGGGUCUGAGCGGCGCGGGGUCUCGCCGGUACCCCACUUUUAAGUGGGAUACUCAGCUGUGACCCUGGACUCGUGUCAGCUUUGCCUAAAGCGUGAACAUAGAUGGGUGCCCUUUAAGUCGAGGCCGAGGACCUCUGGAAGAGGAUGGUGACCGCCUGGCGCUUCUCCGUCAGGGUCUGCUUGUCGCAUCUAAGGGGUUUUGAGCUCAGAAAAGAACUCGGGCUUUUAAGAUCAUCUGGGUGCUCUCGUAAUGCCAGACUCUGUUGGCUUCUGCUCGGUACUUUACCCAAACUUAUCUCAACCUAUGGGGACACUGGUGAGGGGGCCCCUGAGAGCGCCUGCCAGCGAAGAGCCAGCUGGAGUGACCUAGCUGAAAAUGGACCACUGGAGAGAGUCUCCCAAGAGGGGCAGCUCGGAGGCCUCUUUCUGCACCUCCGCAUCUGGCUCCGGGCUGGGGCUCUCUUGAUGAAAUUCUUCCCUCUCCUCCUCUUCUAUCCCCUCACCUACCUGGCUCCCAGCGUCUCCAGCCUCUGGCUCUACCUGCUUCUGAAAGCCACGGAGACCUCAGGCCCAACCUACAUCAAACUGGGCCAAUGGGCCAGCACCCGGCGUGAUCUCUUCUCAGAGGCUUUCUGUGCCCAGUUCUCCAAGCUGCAUGUCCGGGUGACGCCCCACCCUUGGACUCACACAGAACACUUCCUGCGGCAGGCGUUUGGGGAAGACUGGGGCAAGGUCCUCUGCUUUGAGAAGAAGGAACCUGUGGGUUCAGGCUGUGUGGCCCAAGUGUACAAAGCACGUGCCAAUCCUGCCUUCCUGGAGAAUGACAGUGUCCGGCGACUUGCUAAGGCCUCCCGCCUGCAGCCUUCUUCGGAAGCUGGGGCAGUCUGGAGGCUGGGAGAUCUCUUUGGACCCCCGGAGAAGGGGUGGGGGUUUCAAGGAAGUCUUGCCGACCAGUCCUUUCUAGAAAGGCUGCUCCUCCCUGAAGCUGACCUGGUUGGAUCAAAUGCAGUCGUGUCUCAGUCUUUAGCACGUGCCCACCGACCUGAGCCAGAUCACCUCAUCCCCGUGGCCGUGAAAGUGCUGCACCCAGGCUUGCUGGCGCAAGUACAGAUGGACCUUCUGCUGAUGAAGAUGGGCAGCCGCGUCCUGGCGCUUUUGCCGGGAGUCAAGUGGCUUAGCUUGCCUGAGAUCGUGGAGGAAUUUGAGAAGCUCAUGGUCCAUCAGAUCGACCUGCGUUAUGAAGCUCGGAAUCUAGAACACUUCCAGUGCAACUUCCUGAAUGUGAAUUCUGUCAAAUUCCCCACCCCCCUGCGUCCCUUUGUCACCAGGGAUGUCUUGGUGGAGACUUACGAAGAGAGCGUGCCUGUGUCCAGUUACCAGCAGGCGGGGAUCCCCACUGACUUGAAGAAGAAGAUUGCCCGGCUGGGGAUCAACAUGCUGCUGAAGAUGAUAUUUGUGGACAACUUUGUCCAUGCAGACCUCCACCCGGGGAACAUCCUGGUCCAGGGCGCCGACGGUCUUUCCAAGAGUCGAGAGGCACCGCUGCAGCAGAUGGAUGUCUGCGACACGCUGGUGGUGGCCAUGACCCCCGCCCGCUGCCCGCUGCGCCUGGUGCUACUGGAUGCUGGCAUCGUGGCGGAGCUGCAGGCCGCGGACCUGAGCAACUUCCGGGCCGUUUUCAUGGCUGUGGCGAUGGGGCAGGGCCAGAGAGUGGCCGAGCUCAUCCUGCAUCACGCCCGGGCCAGCGAGUGCAGGGACGUGGAGGCGUUCAAGGCUGAGAUGGCCACACUGGUGACCCAGGCCAGGAAGAACACCAUCACCCUGGAAAAGCUUCAAGUUUCCAGCCUUCUGUCCAAUGUCUUUAAGUUACUGAUGACUCACAAGGUGGCGGUCUUGGGCCACUCUCCAGAGUCAAGCUGCCAGCCGAGGGUAUAAGGUGUUGAAGGCAGGGCAGGUUCUCCUCUGAAGAUGGCCUCUCCCAUUGCUUCUCGAGGUUCUGCAGUCUGAUAAUGAAACUCUGCAUGGGAAAGGCAGCUUUUUUUUUUUUUUUUGAAAUUACAUUAAAUAUUUUUAAUUAAACUUCUAAUUUUGGAAUAAUUGUGGACUCACAUGCAGUUGUAAGAAAUAAUAUAAAGAGCUCCCGUGUAUCCUUUACCCAGUGUCCCCCAGUGGUAGCAUCUUCUAGUAUUCUAACAGGGAUUGACAUUGAUAUAAUCAAGGUACAGAAUAUUUCCAUCAAAAGGCAGCUCUCUGACAAGGAUUGUAACACAAAGCUGAGAGUCAGAAGGGUGUGUGGCCUGGCGCUGUCAUCUUACAGGAGGCACGAUGGAGGCAGGGUGGCCCAUUUGCCUCCCUGAGCCUUGUGGGUGGAGCCCAGACUUGACACACAACCAGGGGGUCUCAGUCCUGUGCUCUUCCUGCCGCUCCGCUCUUGCUCUGCAGCGGCUGUGUGCUUGGAACAAAACCAACGCACAGCCUUAGGGCUUCCCCAAGUAUGCCACGGACUUGCGGGGUAACCGGUCCAGCGAGCCUGUGUGGGAUGUCUGCCCACCUGGCAUCGGUCGUGCUGGGUGCUUUUCAUCCAGUGUCUCAUUCAAAUCUCAGGACAGUCCCCCCGGGCAGGUAUGAUCUCUGCCAUAGUAGCCGCACGAAGAGAUGGGCCCCAAAAGGUUAGGUGGCUCCCCACGUCCCACCGACUGUGCACAGCAGAGCCACGGUCUGCACCCGUUUUUUAGUAUAUGUGCUGCUGAAGCGAGCACCACGGUCUGCACCCGUCUCCGGCUCUAGGGUUGCCUUUGUUGGUGGGGUUGUGGUAAAAAGCUUGAUGCUUUCCAAAACUUUUGACAAGUUCUGUUUUAAAAAUGACUUUAAUAUCAUGGUGGGAUUGGGAAAGCUUUAAUCAUUGCUAGGGAUUGGGGCUGGAGACAAACAGGAGUGAACACACACUCCUGGGCGUUCAGUUGCUCGCAGUGUGGAGCGGGGAACCAAGGCUCACACUCCCCAGCGCCGGCCUGCACGAGCCUCUCCCAGCCCUCAGGGCGGGCUGGAAGACUGGGAGAGUCGUCGUGGGGGUGUAUGCUGAGCUCCCUGUCUGCACCCCGUAGUGCCUGAUUUAGCUGUGUCAUACUGUCAGUAUCCCUUUUAAGCCCUCCACAUUCCUCAUGGCAGAUACCUAAGCCUCUAAGCCAAGAGGCUGGGCAAUAAACCCGCGGCCACAGGGCUCCUGUGGCAGGUUCAGGAUCCGGGUGCUGGCAGUCUGACCACACAGCCCGGAUUCGUACGGCUUUGUCCUCCUGCCUCCUGUGCUCCAAGUCCGACACGGCCUUCCCGAGACACAGUGGGGACACAGUGGGCAGAAGCUCCCUAAAGCUUUGCCAUUCACACUGCUGUUCUCGGGAUGGAAGAGCAGAGAAUGUCUGGUACAAGGACUGUGUUCUGGGUACUUCACUCGGCGUUUAGCUCUUUUAAAAACUUUAAAAUGUUUACUUACAGUUAAAAAUACAGAAUUUACCCUAACCACUUCCGGUGCACAGUUCAGCAGUGUCAACCAUAUGCACAUGGCUGUGUGGCAAAUCUCCAGAACUUGCUCAACUUGCAAAAUGGAAACUAUAUCUAUUGAACAACUCCCUAUUAAUUUCUCCCUCUUCUUCGCCCCUGGCAACCGCCAUUCCACUUUGUUUCCAUGAUUUGGGUGACUUUAGUUAUCUCGUAUAAAUGGAGUUGUGCAGGAUUUGUCCUUUUGUGCCUGGAUCAUUUCCCUCACCAUGAUGCCCUCGAGGUUCAUCUGGAUUGUAGCAUGUCACAGGAUUUCUCUCAGGACUAAAGAAUAUUCCAUAGUGUGUGUGCGUACCGUGUUUCUUCAUUCGUUCAUCCAUCCGUGGACAUUGGGGCGACUUCCACCUCUUUCACCUCUUCCACAUCUAUUACGAAUGAUGCUGCCGUGAACACGGAUAUGCAAGUGUGUCUUUGAAGACCUGCUUUCAGUUCCUUUACCCAGAAGUGGGACUGCAAGACCGUAUAGUAUAUUUGUGAUUUUUGAGGAAGCUCUGUACCGCUUUUCCACACAGGAUUUUGCCUUCCUGCCAUCAAUAUACAAAGGAUCUGGUUUUCCAGAUUCCCACCAACACUUGUUGUCGUUCUGACGACGGUCAUCCUAACAGGUGGGGGGUGGCAUCUCAUUGUGGUUUUGAUUGCAUUUUCCUAAUGAUUAAUGAUGGUCAGCCUCUUUCAUAGGCUUGCUGGCCAAUUGUAUGUCUUUUUGGGAGAAAUGUCUAUUCAUGUGGCACUUAAUUUUUUAAUGAAAUAUUUCUUAGAAACACAGAGUAGAAAGAAUACAGCAAACACUGAAGAACUCAGCACUCAGCUUAAGAAUGAAAGCAUUUGGGGUGCCUGGGUGGCUCAGUGGGUUAAGCCUCUGCCUUCGGCUCAGGUCAUGAUCUCAGGGUCC